GUCCUGCUGGCGCUGGUCCUCUGCCAGGCGCCCCGGGGACCCGCCGCCCCCGUGCCCGCGGAGACCGUCCUGGCCAAGAUGUACCCGCGCGGUAACCACUGGGCGGUGGGGCACUUAAUGGGGAAAAAGAGCUCCGGAGAGUCCCCACUUGCUUACGAGGGAGGGAGCCUGAAGGACCAGCUGCGGGAGUACAUCCUGUGGGAGGAAGCCGCAAGGAAUCUGCUGAGCCUCCUGGAAGGAAAGGGGACCAGACGCCUUGGGUCACCUCCAUGGGGUGCCCUAGGUAUUCUCCAGUCUACUUGGGAUUCCUUGGAUAGCAAGAACUUUACAGAUAUGGGUUCAAGGCUCAAAGGUUCUCAACAUGAAGGAAGGAACCCCCAGCUGAACCAACAAGGACAGCCUCUCUCAAGCUAAACCAAACCCUUGAGAAUGCAUUCCACGGGCAUCAACUCUCCUGGAUCACCCACCAGAUUUCCUUUGUGCAAAAUACUUAACUAUUCUUGUAUCUUUCAACCUUGACUAAAUUCAU